CGCUUACAAGAGUCUAGCACACUGAUCCAUGACGUGUUUAAAUGAAAAGGACAGCUUGCAAUGGAGAAGGCAUAUUACUAUUUCAUGACCUUGCAAACUUCCAUUCAUGAUUUUGUUCUAUCUUUAAGAUAAUGUCCGAAAUACUCUUCCAGUUUUAAUGGCAACUGCCGCAACGCCGACGACUAUUCUUUUGCCAUGGCUCAUGUGGCAUAGAACCACGUUGUCUACUCACCUGUUGAUCUUGGCACUACAUAGAAAGAUGCUCACGGAGCAGGUAUUCGAUAUCUAGAACCACUCCACAUUAUGACUCCCCGAUGGUAGCUAAUGAACAUCAGUACCAGGGCCUUACAAGUUUAAUUGACCGCAAAGGAGCUCACUUACUCUUGCAACAACUUUUAGUAUCAGCAUGUUCUCUACAUGUAUGAAUUGAUCAACACAAACUUCAAAAGACUUCAAGUUAGUUUCCUAUGAAUUUGUAGCUACACUGCAGGCAAUGAUGACUCCACCGCAUCUCAAUCUUUCAAUCAUAACUAUCAAUUGCUAUCGUUAGAACAUGUCAUGCUUUUCUUUGAUUCUCAACCGUUAUUCUAUCUAAUUAGCUACACACCUAGGAAGAUAGCUUCAUGUUGAACACCUUCCUAAUUGCUCCAUGAAUUGCAACGGCACGUGAUGAUAAGCGCCCAAGGCUUAAUUUUGGUGCAUUGCCGUUAUGUGUCCUCCUCGGUACCUGGAAAGCAUCAGGAAGCUCCAACCUAACAUCAUACCUUGGUCGAAUUUCUCGAGCUUUAUCAACAAGCUCAAUUUAUUUCCAUAACUAUUACUCUCCGACGUUCUCGACUACCAGAAGAGUAGAGAUUACCCGAUUUCAAAUUUCCCGAGGGAAACCAACCAACAUGCGAUUCACAUCUUUACCCUCGGCCCUCCUGCUUGGACUCGCCUUGCACAUUGGAGUAGAAGGUGCAGGCUUGGAGGACAAGAAACCUAAGCCUGUAGACCCAUGUACUAUUUCUUCGACGACAGGGUCUUUCUUUGAUCUGAGACCAUUAUCGAUACAAGCUCCAGAAGAAGGGAAGAAACCUGCCAAAAAUGCGAAGACGGACAGUUGGCAUGCAAGAGGGUAUGAUUACAAAGGAAAUUUCACACUGAAUGUGUGUGCGCCAGUAGUAGAAGAGGUGAAGGAUUUUGUUGGAGUAGACAAAAGCCAUUGGCAGAAUGUGAGCGCUUUUUAUGAAUAUGACGGAAAGAAGUAUUCCGUAGGACAACAAUCGGGAAACUUAACACUCCGCGGGAGAAAGCUUGUUGUAGAGUAUACAAAUGGAUCACCAUGUGAAGGAAAGAACAAAAAAAGAAGCUGGGACGAUGAUAAAUCCAUACGCCGGAAAUCUAGCAUAAUUUCUUUCCAUUGCGAGAAAGAUCCCCUCGCUACUGCAUCCGCCUCAUACGUAGGAACCGAUCCAGAAGAAUGCGCCUAUUUCUUCGAAGUGCGCUCACAAGCUGCUUGCGGAGGCUCGGAACCUGCCAAACAGACUGUGGGUCCGGGUGCUGUCUUCGCUAUCAUAGGAGUUAUUGCUAUACUGGUAUAUUUCCUCGGUGGUGUUUUCUAUCAACGAAAUGUCGCACAUGCAAGAGGGUGGAGGCAAUUGCCCAAUUAUAGUUUCUGGGCUAGCAUAGGAGAUUUCAUAAAGGUGAGCUGCAAAAAAUGUCUUAUGAGAUCAGCACCACAACUCUUUCCCCGUGUAGCGUCCGUUCGGGAUGGCUCGUCGAUAUUGCCGACGAUGGAGGUGAGGGGAAUAUCGAAUCGCAGGUCACAGAAGUCGUAUAUACGUUCCGAGUAAUUCCAUACACGGAACACAAGUUCUCUCAUGUGGGAGGACGAAGUUUUCUUCAUAUAUUCAAAAGAAUUGAGCGAGCGAGCGAACAGCGACAUUUGCAUAGCAUUUUUUUCGAUUCUCAGGCUGCAAUUAGGAUAGGCAUUCAGCAUUAUAGCAUACAAUACCCGGCGUUUCAAUCAAAGAUUCUCAUAAUCUUCCUUUUUCACUACUUAUCGCAAUGAAAACCCUCACAAGCGUGUCAAAUUCAAGCUGCAUCCAUAAUUACAUAUUGCUAUUUGCAUAUUUCUUUGCUCUUUCAUCUCGACAUAUAGCUAUCCGCCUAUCUAUCCAUUUAUACAGAAGGAUAAAAGUCUUGGCGAAAAGCAUAACUAACACUAAUUAGGACGUUUUCAUCAUCGCUACUUCAUCAUGCUCAAGAUGUUUACCGACUCACAGGGGAUAUAAUACCUUGAGUAUCUCUGCAAAUGGAAAUUCUGGAGAUGGAAGCAAUGGUAGAGGAAGUGGGAGGGAUAGAGGCGUUAGCGCAAAUGAAAGUGGAAGAAGAAAUUCUGGCAGUGAGGAUGAAAAUCGUUUAAUUGAUCAGUUGGAUGAGGAGUGGGAUGAUUAGAGAUGUUAUCAGAAAGUUUGUGGCAAAGGGUGUACAUUGGAGAAGGGGAAAACUGGGAUGACAUUGGGCUAGUAUGGUGUAUAAGGAUAAGGCGUUAUGGAUUCGUAAUCCGCGAGUGAGGGGAAACAUUAGGAGGGAAUCAAUUGUUAUGAAUGCGAAUACGAAUGCGAAUUUUAAGGUUCUGGAAUAGAUAGUUGACCUGCCUAUGAUAUGAUUUUUCUUAUUUCUCAACUCUUUUCUAAUCUUUGUCUUUGGGAUUUGGGGUAUAGAUGUGUCAUACCUAUUUGGAAAGGACGGGCGUUUUUCUUUUGUUCGUUUUGAAGAAAGAGUAGAGGGUUUUUGCAAAAAAAAUCAUUUCUACGUUUUAUUAUGUGUUGAAUAUACAUCAGACAAUCCAAUAGUCAAGCGAAUCA